AUGGUCAAGUACAUCGUUGAUAUUCUCUCUCCCUCUCUCUCUCUCCCUCUCUCUCUCUCUCUCUCUCUCUCUCUCAAACGCAGUCUGUUCAUUGUCUAUCUAUUUAUAUAUUUGUCUAUUUAUCUACCCUAUUUCAUUAUCUAUCUAUCUAUCUAUCUAUCUAUCUAUCUAUCUAUCUAUUUCAUUGUAUUUCUAUCUAUCUAUCUAUCUAUCUAUCUAUCUAUCUAUCUAUCUAUCAUUUACAUUACAUAUCUGUCUAUUGACCUCAAUGUAUUUAUAUUUGUUUAUCUACCCUUGUCUAUCUAUCUAUCUAUCUAUCUAUCUAUCUAUCUAUCUAUCUAUCUAUCUACAUUCUUAUUUAUCUACCUCAACUUAAUUUCUCCUUCCUUCUUAAUUUUCUAUUUGUUCCAUUUUCUUUCUCUUUCUCCCCCUCUCUAUCUAUCUAUCUAUUUUAUCUAUCUAUCUAUUCAUUCAUUAUCUAUCUAUCUAUCUAUCUAUUCAUCUAUCUAUCUUUUGUUUUUGCUUGUUUUCCAUAAUUUUCCCUUCUUUACUCUCCAUCUUUCUUUCUCUCUUUUACAGUUUUACACACUUUCAUUUCGCGUUUAUGUAUUUUUUACUACCAUUUUCUCCCCCCCCCGUUUUUCUCUGUCUUUCUUUUUAUUUGUCUUUAUUUCAUCAAAGUCUCUCUCAGUCUCCAGUUUUCUUCCACACGAGUUUCUUGUUUCGCAUUCUCUUUGUUUAGUUAUCUCCCCUUUUUCUUCAUUCUUAACUGCUUCCUUUUUUCUUUUUUUUUCUUACUUUAUAUUUCAGAAAGAGCUACGGAAUUGGUUCAGUAAAAGUUCGUUUUCUUUUCCUUACAUAAUUUUUUAUUUUUCUGACUCCUUUUCCUUUUUCUUCAUUUUCAUUCUUCUCUUACCGCUUCUUUCCUUUCUUCGUAUUUCUUUUGACUUGUUCAUUCUCUUUGUUAAUUUUCCAUCCUCUUUUUUUCUAGCUAUUUCUCACUCUUCUCGUCUUAUCAUCUUUUUCUUCUUAUCUUUAAUAAUUUGUCUUUUUCCUCCCAAUCUUUUUGUUUAUCUACACAUUCCCCCAUUUAUUAUAUCAUUCUUACUCUUUAUCAUUUUCUUUCUCUCUCUCUCUCUCUCCCCCUCUCUCAUUUACUUUUCCGCUUCUGAUUUUUCUCUUCUUUCACCCUCUUUUCGUCUUUCCUUCUUGCUAUCCAUUUCCGUUUUACUGAUGUUUCUCUUUUCUUUUUUUUUCACUUUCAUUUUCUUAUUUUAUUUUUUACUCACUCUUUCUUUUUCGUUUUUUUUUCUCUCUCUUUCUUUCUCUUUUUCGUAUUUUUUUUCUUUUUCUUCUUCAUAUGUACUCUCUUUACAUUUUUUUUUUGCUUUUUGUAAUUUUUCUUUAGUUUUUACAUAUGCGCUCUUUUUCUUUUUUCCUACACAGAUUUUUGUUAGUAUUUUUUCUUUUUCUUUUUCUUGUUUCUCUCUCUCUCUCUCUCUCUCUCUCUCUCUCUCAGCUUAUUUUAUUCCUAAUCACUAUUAUUUUUAA